AAGAAGUGCGUCUACCGAGCAGGAGAUAAGAUAAGGAAUGAUUCGAUGCUGGCUAUAAGAGAGCGGACCACAGAGGAGCCAAACGCAGUCGACAACUGGAAGCAAGAUGAUUAGUUUACGCUUGGGGAUAUCACUUUGGUUUAUCUGGACGGCUGGGGCGCUGAACAUCACCGCUGGCCAGCAGGAUGGCCGCAUUGUGGGCGGCUGGGAGACGAACAUUAUCCACUUUCCGCACCAGAUCUCGCUGCAGUUAGGCACGCGACAUGCCUGUGGCGGCGCUAUCCUCUCGCCCACCCACAUCCUGACCGCCGCCCACUGUGUGCUGGAGUACAGCAAGCCGCAGUACUAUGUGAUUCGAGCCGGCAGCAGCGAAUGGGCAACUGGCGGCAGCUACAUUCGCAUCCAACGCAUCGUUCCGCACCCCAAGUUCCACCAGCCCACGCACAUGAACAACGACAUUGCGCUGAUUCAGCUGCAGCAGCCACUCGUCUACAGCGGCAAUAUCCAGCCCAUUGUCCUGGCCGCAAAGCAGGACCGCAUCCAGCCAUCGGCUCAGCUCUUUGUCAGCGGCUGGGGCAGCCAGUCGAUCUCCCAAAUGCAGCCGGAGAAGCGCCUACGAUACACGGUUGUCCAGCAGCGGGAUCAGUCGCAGUGUAUCCGAAACUACUUUGGCGCUGGCACCGUGACCAGCAGCAUGUUCUGUGCUGGCACCCCGCAGGGUGGUCGCGAUAGUUGCCAGGGGGAUUCCGGUGGUCCGCUAAUCACCAGCAUCAAUGGACGCAUGCGACUCUACGGCAUUGUGUCCUGGGGCCUGGGCUGUGCCAAUGCCAUGUUCCCGGGCGUCUAUACGAGAGUCUCGGAGUAUACCGAUUGGAUUGCCCAGACGAUGACCGAAAUGGUUUAAGCUUUAUUACUACUGUACAUACUUGUGUACUCACUGUACUUAUGGCUAAGUUAUGAAAUAGUUGCCACUGUAAAGUGUCUAGAAAUCCCUCUAAUAUCGUAUAUAACUCUCUAAAUCGAUUCUCAAGCUCAGAUGAAGAUGACUAACAAAUAACAAAAAAUGCUA